GAUGGCUUUGUGCAGCCCCUUUCACACAACCCUUGGAAACAAACUUUUCCCCUGUCAUUGUUUUGUGUGAAAAGCACAGACACAAAAUGAUGAACUGGAGUUGCCGAUUAUUCUCUGAAGUGGAGCUGCAACAGAGGUGGAGCUGCACUUGGCCCCGUUCAUACUGCCCCUAGAGGUCGCUGCUUCUGUGUUGCUGUUCUGUGUGAAAAACACCAACACAAAAGGGGGCUCGUCAGUGCUAGCAAGCCUUCGGACUGGAGCGCCGUCCUCCGUGUUGGUGGGUCAGAGAUGGGCUGAGGCGGAGAACGGCGACCCCCAGGCAGCUCCCAGUGAGGCGGUUACCGAGCCCACAAACUCGGGAUUUCUUCCUCCUCUUCCCUUCCGCUCCCUCUGUUUUUGGCCCGUGCAGGCCAGGGAAUGUCCCGGCGGCGCCAUGCCUUACGUGGACCGGCAGAACCGCAUCUGUGGCUUCCUGGACAUCGAAGAGAACGAGAGCAGCGGCAAGUUCCUGCGGCGCUACUUCAUACUGGACACUCAGCAGGGGAGCCUAGUGUGGUUCAUGGACAACCCGCAGAAUCUUCCAGUGGGUGCCGACUGCGUGGGCUCCCUGAAGCUCACUUACAUUUCUAAGGUCAGUGAUGCUACUAAGCUGAGGCCAAAGGCAGAGUUCUGCUUUGUCAUCAAUGCCGGCAUGAGGAAGUAUUUCCUGCAGGCCAAUGAUCAGCAGGACCUGGUGGACUGGGUCAACGCUCUCAAUAAAGCCACUAAGAUCACGGUUCCAAAAGCAUCAGACGGCCAGCAGAACUCCGAGAACCACAAAUCUUUGCUGGACGCGGUAGGACCCAAGAAGCAAGUGUCUUAUAAGACUGAGAUCAUAGGAGGCGUCCCCAUUGUGACCCAGACGCAGCACGAAGGCGGCGAUGGCGCAGACAGAGCGGAGCGGGAGGCCAUGCACCGCUCGCACAGCCAGCUACCGUAUUUCCUAGCCAGGCCGGCCCAGGACAACACGGUCAUCAAGUCGGGCUACUGCGUCAAACAAGGCGCUGUGAUGAGGAACUGGAAACGACGAUAUUUCCUUCUGGAGGAAAACUCGAUGAGCUACUUCAAGUCCGAUCUGGAGAAAGAGCCGCUGAGGAUGAUCCCGCUGAAGGAGGUUCACAAAGUGCAAGAGUGCAAACAGAGUGACAUCAUGAUGCGUGACAAUCUGUUCGAAGUCGUCACCACAUCGAGGACAUUUUACAUCCAAGCAGACAGUCCAGAGGAGAUGCACAGCUGGAUCAAGGCCGUCUCGGGGGCCAUCGUGGCCCAGCGUGGGCCCGGGAGGUCCGCUGCCACAAUGCGGCAGGCCAGACGGCUGUCAAACCCCUGUAUACAGAGGUAUACGUCUCGAAUUGGGGAGUGCAGCAGCACGAGCACAGCGGCCGCUCCACAUUCUACCGCAGCUCUACCGCGGGCCCCCCAGUCCCUCGCUCGCCCGUAUCCGCCAUGCCACCCCGUCAGCCAGAGCGGGGGGCCGCCGUUGUCGCGUGCGGCCCAUGCCCGCAGCCUGGCGUGGGACAGCGAGCACUUCAUGAGCCUGCUGCCCCGGCCUACUCGCAGCCGCACGCCGGCACGCCUUUCCCUGCAGGAGGCCCGCUUGGCAAAGUGAGCGCCGGCGCCGAGGACGCGGAGGAGUCACCGUGGCGGCGGCGGAGCACCUUUGAGCCGUAUGCGCUCAAGCAGCCCUUGGAUUUGGAUGACGCCGACCUGCCAGUGAGCGAGGUCUGAGCCGAACUUGUAAUGAAAAAUGGCGGACACACACACACACACACGCAGAGGAAGCUUCGCUGGACUUUUAAAGCUCCUCGCCCGGUGCUGUCGGUGCUAACAGGAAAACAAAAAACAAAAAAAAAACAUGGGGUCAUCCACUGAACUGUGCUUGUGUCAAAAACGACCCAGUCUUCUCCACCCUCUCAUUUACGGCGACGAACGCGACUAUUUACCGUGACAUCACACAACUUUUGCUCGCCUCUCUUCGCCUCCCGCUAGCUUUAUCUGCACUUUUUAUAAGACUGACUAACAAGGUUUAGAGUUUGCAUCGCGUUACUUAGCCAAGAGUGCUGAUGCUCGCCAUAAUUGCACCCUAGAACAAGCAACCUGAGGUUUUCCCUCACCUAAAAAAAAACACACCAAUCGUGGAGUGGAACUCUUAAUUUAGACCUCCAUCUUGGAGGUUGCUUUACACAUAUCUACUUUAGUGCUCCUCAUCGGUCAAAUAACAUGAUUUUUUUUUUUUAUGUUGCCAGUAUUUGCAGCAGUCACAAAUGCACCACUAAGCCCGUCUUAUGGUAUCUUGAUUGAUUUAUAGCUCUUUGGCGGGGGGGGUUGAUGUGUGACUUCUCCACCAAAACAACUCUUGUUGAUGAGCUACUUAGCUUCCUGUGUAGAAGUAAACAGUGGCGAUGUCGACGUCCAUAUUGUCGUUGGAAAAGUAACUAAUUGAUGUGGAACAUCACUCACUUUUAAUGUAAACAGUAGCGAUGUCGACGUCCGUAUUGUUGUUGGAGCAGUAACUCACUUUUAAUGUACAAUAUGUAUGCUGUGAAUUUGUUGCCCAUAUUUGCUUUCUGGCAUUGUGACGCUGAAGCAUAAUUCUCCUUCUCGAGCGCUUCUUCCAACCUUUCUCGCUGUAGUAUCAGCCGAUAUUUUCAUACAAAUUAGAUAUCAUAUCAGUAUCUUGAUAUCAAUGCGAGCAUCAAGCUCAGUUUCUUUAUCGUCCAUGUUAUGCCGGAAGCUCUACUGAUGAGAAACGGGUACCGCGGUACGCACUUUUCAGUGACCACAAAGCAGCUGCACAUCACGCCAAACAGGAAACAAAACCAAAAUAAGAGCACAAAACAGGAAACAACCUGACAACUGUGGAAAAACCAAAAGUUAAGUCCGACAUCACAUGAAGUCCUAGCGUCCACACGCAUACUGAAAAAACCAAAGGAUGCAAGGCCACUUUUACCUUUAGAACAUGUAAAACCCAUGUAGAAAUGCAAAUACAUGUUUUACAUUUUAAGAAAAAAAACAACCUUAAUUUCAGCUUUGUGUCAUGUUAUUAGUAGGAACCUUUUAUUCUGAAAUUCAUUCAUUCAUUCAUUUUCUACUGCUUUUUCCUCACGAGAGUCGCGGGGAGUGCUCGAGCCUAUCCCAGCUAUCUUCAGGCGAGAGGCGGGGUACACCCUGAACUGGUAGCCAGCCAAUCACAGGGCACAUAUAGACAAACAACCAUUCACACUCACAUUCAUACCUAUGGACAAUUUGGAGUCGCUAAUUAACCUAGCAUGUUUUUGGAAUGUGGGAGGAAACUGGAGUACCCGGAGAAAACCCACACAUGCACGGGGAGAACAUGCAAACUCCACACAGGGUGGAAUCGAACCCUGUUUAUCCUAAAAUUACACUU